GCAUCGAACACGUCUGCGGUUUGCCGGUGUUGUUUACGUUGCUCUUCUGUGUGGUUAUUUGAAGAUGAGUUUUGGAUUGUGUAUUUCGUUUGUACAAUAGUGUUAUUUACAUUCUUUCGCGUAUUAUUGUUAGUUUAAUGUUUUUGAUAACAUAAUAUUGAAGGCGUAUUAAAAGAUGAACUACUAUUUUUUCCCAUUCGUUUUGUUUUGUAUUUAUACAUUAUCUUGGUUGGCUGAAAAUGUGGGUGCCGUGGACGUAAUUUAUGCCGUCAAUGCUGGUGGAGAUGCGCAUACGGAUGUUUUUGGCGUGAAGUUCGAGAGAGACCCGCUUCAAGGAAAAGUGGGAACAGCGUCGGAUUAUGGCAAGCAACUUCUGAUCGGUCGUGUGCUACCGGCCGAUCAAGUUCUUUACCAGACGGAAAGAUACCAUCACAGCACUUUUGGAUACGACAUUCCAAUAAGCGAAGACGGGGAUUACGUUUUGAUUCUAAAAUUUUGUGAAGUUUACUUUAAUGCUCCAAAUAUGAAGGUAUUCGACGUGGUGCUGAAUGGAGAUCACACCAUAGUCCCAGACCUGGACAUUUACGACAAAGUCGGCAGAGGCGUGGCUCACGACGAAUACAUUCCGUUCAGCGUCCGGAAAGGCCGCUUGUACCACAACGAGGAGGAGUCGGACAUACGAGGUGGAAAGAUCAGGGUAGAAUUCAUCAAGGGAUACAGAGAUAAUCCCAAAAUAAAUGCUAUCUUGGUGCUUAAAGGAAAAAUUGAAGACGUCCCGAAGCUGCCCCCGCUGCCGAGCGAGCCCGAGCCGGCGGACGUGCGGGACGAGGCGGAGGACCCCCAGCCGGGCAAGAACCGGCGCCCCAGCGGGCCGCGGACGCCCGACCCCUACUCCGUGGACGACACGUCCGUCAUGCUGCCCGUGUUCGUGGCCAUCGGCGCCUUCAUCCCGCUGCUCUUCUGCCUCUGCAAGCUGUGAUCGGGCCGAUGUCGCUCGGCGGACUGCGCGUGGUUUAGGUUGGCAGAUAUGGAGGGGUUGACACCAGUGGCUUAGCCAGGAAUUUGUGUGUACGGGGGUGUGUGUUAAGAAGCAUGCCCCCCCCCCCCCCCUUUCCCCGCCGUAUUAAAGCGGGGGGUCCGGGGAAAAUUUGGAUUUUAAGGUGUAAAAUAGAUAGUGCUAUUUUAGCAGUUUUUGGUACUUAAAUUUAAAUAUUGUGAUGGUAAAAAAUUUUAUCGAUUUUAAUAUGAAAUUUGUUUGAGUGAUGAAUAAGAAAUUAAUUAUUAAUUAAAGAUUUGGUGCUUGGGGGGGGGGUUGAACCCCUAACCCCCCCCCCCCCUUCCCCCCGGCUACGCCCCUGGUUGACACACUGGUGUGCCGCAACUUUUUUGUAAGUGAAAAUGAGUUUGCCAUUUUGAAUUUCGAAACAUUCGAAAACCCCGGUAGAAAAAAAAAAUUAUUAAAAUUAUGAUGUGCGGGAAGGUGGUUUUAGAAAUUUGUCCGGUGUGCUGCCGAUUUCGGCGUGAAAAGUUCGGGAAGCGCCGUUGGAACCUUUCAGAUCAAGUCCUGCCUUGCCACGUGAACAGCAGCACGGGACUUUUGAUAAUGCUGAGAAAGUGAUUUUUAUUGUAGCUCUUCGCUGACAGAUAUCUGGUGCGGAGUACAACAAUAUAUUUUUUUUUGUAUAGUUGUUUUAUGAUGGUGAAUAUAUUGUAGGAGUUACUGGUGCAUUAGGGACUUUGUAGGUGUCGGAUACCUGCUCCCGCGAUCACUAAACGCUUAAGUUGUAGAUAAACUACGUCUGUAAGAUGGUGUUGGGCUGCAAGUAUUACACAGCAAGAACAUAAGGAUAAAAAUUUCAACACAAAUACAGGCCAAACAUAAAUUGUGUUUCAACAACUGCCCAAACCUAAACUAUGUUUCAACAACUGCAGACUUCUACUGAAGAAAUACGAAGUGCAUUGAUCGCUUCUGAGCAAUCGCAAACUGCGCUGAAUGCCUUCACAUUAUCACAGACCGCGCAGCACGCUUUUAACUAAUGCUUAUGUGAGUACUUUUUCGGCCUUGGCUAAAAAUUAUGGGUUUGUAGCUUAAGUUUGCUUAGUUGGUGUAAGUCUUCACGUUUCGGCUGAUGCCAUUCCAUCGGGCAUGCCGGACUAUAGGAAGUCAAGUUUUAUGACUCAGCAGUGAGGCAAAACCAUGUUUUCCAAUUUUGUUAAUCUCUAAAACACUUAAUAGGAAUAUCCUGUGCACUGUCUGAAUAUUUCUAGACACAGAAAUUGUUCUUCCGCAUUAGGUAUUUAAAAAACCAUGUUUAAAGAUAACUGGACCAGUAACCCCACAAUAUGUAUGGACAUGUUAUGUAUUAGUCCAGAUGGCGUGCACGCAAAGAACGUACAUAAAUAUGCCAUGCAUUGUCGCCUCGUUCUCAAGGCGUUCUUGUUGAUUCCAGGUUAAUGUUACCAAGUUGUCUUAAGAUUGUAAUAUUAACUUGAAAAAAAAAUUGUAAUUUUUUUUUUGUUGACUCUGCAUGUUUGAAAGGAAAUAGAUUUUAUAUUUUGAUGUGAUAAAAUAUUUAUAUUAGAGCAAAAGAAUUUAGCAUAAUGUUUUUUUGUGCAUAAAAGUACUUUUAAUUGCAUGUAGUCUGUGUAAAUUUAGCUCAGAAAUGUUCUUCCAGCCUCUAAAUAUUUAUUAUUUAUUUUUCAAGUUCGUACUGAACUGAAAGCAAAUAUUGUUGGUUGUAAGUUUUCAAGCACUGACGGUUUGAUAAUUAUUAGUGGUGUUUUAUAUUCAUGAGAAGCUGAGAAUUAGUAAGGAUAAAUAUAGUGUUUUUGAAUUCAAAACACUGGAUUUUAACGUAUUUUAGGAACAUUUAGGUGCCGCAUAGCAAAUGAUUUAUGUAGUUCUAAACUGAUAGUGGUGUAUGAAUAUUUGAAGACUUAUGGUCUACAAUGCAUAAGGGACAGCUUAUGUUAUUUGCAUUAAAAAUAAGUGCAUAGUGUCUGGGUCCUGGAAACUUAUUGAAGCUAUAUUAAAGUUUGCAGAUGCUAACAUAUAUACUUAUUCUAUUGUGCGUGAUGCAAUUCCGUUUUUUCCAAGAAUUUCUUUAGCUCUCCAUCUCUUUUGUAUUUUAAUAAAACGAGAAGCUUUCUUUGCAAUGUCGUCAUUUUUAAUAUAGUUCUCACUACUAGAAAAGUGGCAUCUCUUUCAGCCAUUUACAGCCGCUGACUGAUGCUGUAACAUGACAUUGACACUGUAAGACGUCUUUCUGUUCCGACUCGAGGGUGAGAAGUUAGAAAGUAGCAAAACAGCUGAUGGUGUGACUGGUUGGAACAGUACUGUGACAACAUUUUUGCUACCUUUCAUCAAACUGCAAAGCAUAGCACAAUAUUUCAACGUGUUAGCACUGUCAGGAGAUUGGCAUCUGUGAUUUUUGAACUGACUUGUGUUCUGUUCUAAGAUGUACUGUGACAUAAGACCCAUGCUAAUAUAUUUUUUUUCGGGGAAAGAGGAAACCAUUGAUAAUAUAAUUUGUGUUACAGUGGUUAUGGAAAUGCUCUAGAUAGGUGUGUGCAUUACUAUUGAUGUCUGCUUUAGAGGGAUGAGUAUAUCUGAUUUUUUUUUAAUUCAAACUGUCUGUCGUCAUUACCUCAAACUAUCAGAUUUACUACACAUUUGCUACAGAUGUGAAAAACCUUGAAAUAAAAGUGAUAUUGCAGGAAAAAUAUAAAAUAAUAUACAAUACAGUAUUUUCUGAAGUAUUAUUUUAAGAGAUGUUCUCAGUAGCCACAAACACAAUAAAAGUCAUUCUUUUUAAAAAAUUAGGAUUUGAUAAUGGUGUAAAGGAAAAAUCCCUCCAAGUAAUACAAAAAAAAUUCAAUGGUUCUAUUUUCAGAUUUCUGUAGCAAACCCGAAUUUGUUGGCUUUUAAAAUAUAUUAUUUUAAAAUUAUUUAAAGCUGUUGAUAUUUUAGAUUUUAUUUCAAGUUUUUAGAUAUAAAUUUGAGCACUGUUAUUUGGUCUUUGCUUAUGUGUGUGGGCAAAAAUUUUAAGUUUUUUUUUUUUUUUUUUGGGUGGAGGGAUUAGAGUAUUUUUUUGGUACGCCCAACUGCAGAAGUGAGGAUUUUUUUUUUUAUGUGUUUGGGUGUUGGUUUUUGUUUUUCUACUUAUUAUGAUUUUGUAUGCCUUUAUGUUUUUUUUGUAGACUUAUUGGUUUGUGGAUUUAGCAAAAAAAUCACAGGAAUCAUAUAAAUGACACUGAAUGUCUUGUACACAGCAUUAUGUUACUAGUUUUUUUUUUGUGUUGAUAAUUUGUUUGAGUAAUAUAAAUUAUAUCCAUUUAUUACUUUCAUAGUUCCUUUUCUGUGAUUGAUGAUAUGUACGGAUACAGUUUUUGAUUCUGUGUGUAUGUGUAUUUGGAAGUUAAAUAAAAUUGAAAAAAUAAUUUUUUAAA